AUGGAUCCAAAUAAUCCUAAUUAUGGAAGAAAUAUGAAUUUCCCAACUGAAUACAAUGCAAAUACUCCCCCUUUUGAUCCAAAUAUAUUCAAUAAUCCACAAUUUCAAGCUGCUUUGCAAUGGUUUGGUAGCGACCAAAGACCUAUAAACCCGAAUUAUACAUCCCAAAUUCCUCACCAAUUUCAUGGGGGUUCAUCUUCACAAAAUGUCCCAUUAUUUCCCAUGUCCCAAUAUUUUACCCAACCCAUGGAUCAAUAUCCAAGAGUAAAUGUUAGUAGCACUGCUUCUCCAACAGAAGAUGUACGGGAAGCGCAACAUCUAGAAGAUCUCGAUGAUGAUGUUGUUGACAUUACCGGAGAAGACCUCAAUGAUAAAAAAGCUACUGCAUGGAGUAUAACUGAGGAUAAGGCGCUUGUUUCAGGCUACAUCAACGCCGGUGGGAAUGUUACCAUAAAUACGAAACGAACUAAAGCCGGUUUAUGGGCUGCAAUUGGGAAGUUAUACGAAGAGGCACGGGUAGAGAACCUUGAAGAGAUAAAAGAAUGGACCAUUAAGUCCAUGCAACAACGUUGGGAUUUUAUCAACAAAUGGGUUUCAAAAUGGGUUAUGGCGUACAAUUAUAUCCUACGACAUCCGAAAAGUGGAAACUCAGGCGGAGACGCUGUCCAACGUGCCCAUGAGUAUUAUGCAAAACUCAAUCAUGGAAAACACUUUACUUUGAUGCAUUGUUUUGAAACAAUGCAAAAUUGUCCUAAAUGGGACCCACAUAUGGUCCAACAGCUUCCUUUGGAGAGCGAGGGAAGUGGGAAACGAUCCAAACCAGAAUCACCAAGUGUGGGUGCUGGAAAAAAGCGGCCUAUGGGUAUAAAAAAAUCAAAGAGUUUAGCUGCAGAAGGUAGUAAUUCUUCUACAUCGAUAAACCUUGAAGCUUUCAACACAACUCUUGACGAAACUAGUGAUAAGCGGCUUGAUCAAGGAGAACGAAUGAUCGACUUGAUAAGUAAAAGGAGCGAAGAUAGGAAAAAGCUAAAGGAGGAGGAGAUGAAAUUUAGCAUGUUACGUUCGUUGAUGGCAAAACCCGUCCUCGAUGAAUUUGAAGUCGAAAUGUACAAGAAGCUUAGAGAGGAGUUUAGUAACAGGUUUUUUUUAGAGAUAUUAGUUAAGUACUAG